UGACGUUUGCUUGCAGACGUAACUGUCUACGGCCAAAACCAUACAGAAUAUAGCAGGCAUUUCAGCUAGGUAUUUGCUGCCCGUGGUCAUAGACUGACGAAGUCGAUGGUCCAUAUGCCAAAGAAAAGUCUGAAAUUCUGCGGAUGAAGAUGGCCACAGGUUAAGACCUUAUCAACGGGAUUAUGGAUAUAUUGCCACAAUGACCGAUGACGCUCUCCGCUCUCCAUUGUCCCUCAAAGAGGCGGCCCUGCGUGUGGUAGACCUGCCUCUCUCCUUCUGCAAUUCUUUGGCCGAGGUAAAUGUCAGCCCUGGCACAAAAAAGCUGUUCGCCGCCACAGCCUUUGGUGCUGUCUCACUCUUCUUCCUCGCCCGCCACUUCAAAAGGAGGAAGGGGAAGAAAAAGGCCCAGUCGCCAUGGGAACAGGAGGAAUUUGACUUCCUCCUCGCUGCUUCCCCAGAUAAAGACACAUACAUAGCCAGUAACCGCCAGAAUCUCACCCUGCCACUUAACACUAAAAGCUGCUACUCCUGUAGCCUGGUUCCUGGUGGAACCCUAUACAGCAAGCUCUCUGGCUCCCUACAGAGUCUGGCCUCGGUUAAAAGCGUGAAUUCCUCCAGCAGCUGCACCUGUGCCAACAGCUCCAGCUGCUGGGAGAGAAGUGCAGAGGAACCAGACCUCUGCAGCAUGGUCAACAUCCCCGUCACCACGCCUGAAAAUCUCUACCUGAUGGGCAUGGAGUUGUUUGAGGAGGCACUGAGACGCUGGGAGCAGGCCCUCACCUUCCGCGGCCAAGAGGCUGAGGACGAAGCCAGCUGCGCCUCAGUGAAACUGGGAGCCGGUGACGCCAUUGCAGAGGAGAGCAUGGAGGACAUCAUCAGUGCAGAGUUUAUUCACAAGCUGGAGUCGCUGCUGCAGAGGGCGUACCGGCUCCAGGAGCAGUUUGAGGGGGCACUGGGCGUGUCCGACCCCUCAUCACACGCCAGCAAUGACAAACACACAGACAUCUCGAGCCGUGAGGAUCUGGAUGAUUCUUGUCUGAAGGACACCAUGAGCAUAGCCUCCACCGACUCCUUUGUGUCAGCUGGCGAGCUGUCCGAGCACAGGGAGCUGAGGAGUGCCUUUGUUCUAGGCUCGCUCUGCCACUACCCAUUUUAUGAUGAGGCACUGCAGAUGGCUGAGGAAGGGAAGAUCUCCUGCAGAGUUCUGAGAACCGAGCUGCUGGAAUGCCUUGGUGACACGGACUUCCUUGCAAAGCUGCACUGCGUGCGUCAGGCGUGUCAGGCCAUCUUGUGUGAAAGGACCACAAGAAACUUCCUGGCUGAUACGGGGAAGAAGAUCCUGGCUUCCAUCAUUGUCAAGGCUCGAAAGAGCCCCAACAGAUUUGAGGAGUUGUUCGAGGAGAUGAUCUCCUUCCUGGAGCAGACUGACCACUGGGGAAACACGGAGGUGGAGCUGGCCACCCGCGGGGUGAAGCAUUUGAACUUCUAUGACAUCGUCCUCGAUUUCAUCCUCAUGGACUCUUUUGAGGACCUGGAGAAUCCUCCUAUCUCCAUUCAGAAUGUUGUCAACAAUCGAUGGCUGAAUAGCUCCUUCAAAGAGACAGCUGUUGCAUCAAGUUGUUGGUCUGUUCUGAAGCAGAAGAGACAGCAUAUGAAGAUCCAGGAUGGCUUCAUUGCACAUUUCUAUGCUGUCUGUGAGCAAAUCAGCCCUGUCCUGGCAUGGGGGUUCCUGGGCCCAAAGACUUCCCUGCAUGACUUCUGCUGCUUCUUCAAGGACCAGGUGCUGUUCUUUCUGAAGGACAUCUUUGACCUGGAGAAGGUUCGCUACACCAGCGUGGAGACGCUGGCUGAGGACAUGCUCCACUUGCUACACAGGCGGACCGAGCUGCUGCUGGCGUAUCUGGGUGCCGACUCCUUCCGCCACCUGAAUGGGUGUGUCCCCUCACCGCUCCAACUUGUGCCCACCGCCAUGGUGGAGGCCUGAGUGCAAUAACCUGUCAUUGGAUUGUUCAACUACACAAACUGUAGGAAGAGGAAUUGGGCUUCUUUGGAGCGGUGUUGUGCUCGCUGUUUAAGUGUGAAUGCUGCUUGUUUUGUAAGACUAUGAUUAUUAAUAGCUUACUAUCUUACUGAGCACCAUAAGGUCUGACCUGUAAGUCCAGUAGCAAUACUGCCCCUAUAUUCUCAUCGUGGUGCCACUUCAAUGUUGUGUUUUUUUUUGUCUUUUCUUAAAUUCAAACUUGGUGUCAUUACUGUGUCUCUGCAGAGGCUGGUCAAAUUGCACCUGACGUACUUUUGACCUCAUGAGUGGGCAUUCAAGGCAUUUGUUUAAGUUAUUUUAAGUAUUUAUAACACCAUGUCAGUGAAUCUGGGCCUCCCAGUGGAUCAAGUGUAUAAUAUUGUCAGUUGGGAAAUGAAUUAUGUAUAAGGGCAGAGGAAAGGUGAUAACUUGGUAACCCAGCAGUAUUGGUGAGGCAGACUGCGGCAGGAGUAAUAAUACUGUGUAUUGUAAAGGGAUUUCUGAACAGUAGUUUGGACGCUCUGGCUCAUCUUGAGUGGGUUAUCAUUCAGCUAAAGACUGUACAUACGAAAUGCCUUGUUAGGCUAAGGUUCAGUGGCACUGACUGCCUAAUAGGCCUGUCACCUGUCUACAACUGCUUAACCACACACACACACACAGGGCCUCAUAGCUAAUGGAAUUCCCCAUCUACUGUGCGUUUGUGUUACUUUGUUGUACUCAGUGUUAAGCUGUUGUGAAUGUUAAAUUGCAAUCAGCCCUGAUUGUCAGCACCUGUAGAGUUGCCCUGGUGUAUUGUGGCAAAUAAGGCCUGAACUGUUAGCAUUGGUCUACCUUGAAAACCAAUCACUUCGGAAGUGUCAUUGAGCUUAUUGUAUAAACACAGUUUUCGUUGUACCGGAGAUGUCUAUUAACUCAUACAUACUGAAAUCGACGUUCGUCCCAGAUUUACUGUUAAAAAUUGGCAUUUAUUUUUAUAAUUACAUAAUUUCACCAAGACAUGAAUUGAACUGUAACAUCGCUCAUGUACCUGUAUGCAUAACUUGUCUAAAUAAAAGGGCCAUCUAAAGUGAA